GGACCGAGGGUAUGGCUGUGCGUGAGUGGGCCAGGACCCCCAGGGAGAGUCAGUGAAAGUGGCGAGAAAUUGGACGUCCGUGUUGGCUCCAUAAGUUCCGAUGGAUGAUGGCAGGAAAAGUGAAGUGGGUCACUGACAUCGAGAAGUCAGUGCUGAUCAAUAAUUUUGAAAAGAGAGGAUGGGUCCAGGUGACGGAGAGCGAGGACUGGAAUUUUUACUGGAUGAGCGUGCAGACCAUCCGAAACGUCUUCAGUGUGGAAACGGGCUAUCGGCUCUCCGACGAUCAGAUAGUCAACCACUUUCCCAACCACUACGAGCUGACCCGGAAGGACCUGAUGGUGAAGAACAUUAAACGGUACCGGAAAGAGCUGGAGAAGGAGGGGAGUCCCCUGGCGGAGAAGGACGAGAACGGGAAAUACCUCUACCUGGACUUUGUCCCGGUCACCUACAUGCUGCCCGCCGACUACAACCUGUUCGUGGAGGAGUUCCGGAAGAGCCCGUCCAGCACGUGGAUCAUGAAGCCGUGCGGCAAAGCCCAGGGCAAGGGCAUCUUCCUCAUCAACAAGCUCUCGCAGAUCAAAAAGUGGUCCCGGGACAGCAAGACGUCCUCGUUUGUGUCUCAGUCCACGAAGGAAGCCUACGUGAUCUCCCUCUACAUCAGCAACCCGUUACUGAUCGGCGGCAGGAAGUUCGACCUGCGCCUGUACGUCCUGGUGUCUACCUACCGCCCGCUGCGCUGCUACAUGUACAAGCUCGGCUUCUGCCGCUUCUGCACCGUGAAGUACACGCCCAGCACCAGCGAGCUGGACAACAUGUUUGUGCACCUCACCAACGUCGCCAUCCAGAAGCACGGGGAGGACUACAACCACAUCCACGGGGGCAAGUGGACGGUGAGCAACCUGCGGCUGUACCUGGAGAGCACCCGAGGCAAGGAGGUGACCGGCAAGCUGUUCGACGAGAUCCACUGGAUCAUCGUGCAGUCGCUGAAGGCCGUGGCGCCGGUGAUGAACAACGACAAGCACUGCUUCGAGUGCUACGGCUACGACAUCAUCAUCGACGACAAGCUGAAGCCCUGGCUGAUCGAGGUUAACGCGUCUCCGUCUCUCACCUCCAGCACCGCCAACGACCGGAUCCUUAAGUAUAACCUGAUUAACGACACCCUCAACAUCGCGGUCCCCAACGGCGAGAUCCCAGACUGCAAAUGGAACAAGUCCCCCCCGAAGGAGGUUCUUGGCAAUUACGAAGUUCUGUACGAUGAGGAGCUGGCGCAGGGGGACGGGGCCGAGCGCGAGCUGAGAAGUCGCUCAGGCCAGUCGCUGGGGCCCAGAGGGCUCCGGUCGAGAGACUCGGGGAGAUCCUUCCUCACGACCUGGAAGUGACCACGGUAAGGGCGAGACUCCAGCCUGGACCGGUGCUCACCGCGCCCAGCCCUCACCAAAGACAUAUUUUGAAAUCUCCUUUUUCUAGAGCUUUUUUCCUUUCCUAAGCCCUGUAAAUAAAUAAAGACGUUUCUUUGAAAGGUUAA